CAAAUUAAACCCUUCACAUCCCUUCGUUUUGUGUCUGAACCUUCUGAUGCUGUCACGAUGCGGGGUGGAAAUGUCCUGCUCAACUGCUCUGCUGAGUCUGACAGAGGAGUUCCAGUCAUCAAGUGGAAGAAAGACGGUCUCAUCCUAGCCUUGGGCAUGGAUGACCGGAAGCAGCAACUCCCUAAUGGGUCUCUGUUGAUACAAAACAUACUUCAUUCCAGACACCAUAAACCAGAUGAAGGACUUUACCAAUGUGAGGCAUCGUUGGGAGAUUCUGGCUCCAUUAUUAGCCGGAUAGCAAAAGUUGCAGUAGCAGGACCACUGAGGUUCCUUUCCCAGACAGAAUCUAUAACAGCCUUCAUGGGAGAUACGGUGUUACUCAAAUGUGAAGUCAUUGGAGAACCCAUGCCAACAAUACACUGGCAGAAAAAUCAACAAGACCUCUUCCCAGUUCCAGGAGACUCCCGCGUGGUGGUCUUGCCUUCUGGAGCAUUGCAAAUCAGCCGCCUUCAACCAGGGGACAUUGGAGUCUACCGUUGCACAGCUCGGAACCCAGCCAGCACAAGAAUGGGAAAUGAAGCAGAAGUUAGAAUUUUAUCAGAUCCAGGGCUGCAUAGGCAACUCUAUUUUCUGCAAAGACCAUCCAAUGUAGUUGCCACUGAAGGAAAAGAUGCUGUCCUGGAGUGUUGUGUUUCUGGCUACCCUCCACCAAGUUUCACCUGGUUACGGGGGCGCAGGGGAAGUUGUCCAACUGAG